AUGCGCCCGUGCGCGGCCUGCCGGGAGGCGGAAGCGGAAGCGCCGGUCUCCCGGGAGAGAUGGCAGCCGGGGGUCCCAGCCGCUCGGAGCGGCCUGAAGCGGCGGCAGGAGGAGGUGUGCGACGACCCGGAGGAGCUGCGGAGGAAAGUGCGGGAGCUGGCCGCCGCCGUCCGGAACGCCAAGUACCUGGUCGUCUACACGGGCGCCGGGAUCAGCACGGCGGCCUCUAUCCCAGAUUACCGGGGCCCUAAUGGAGUGUGGACGCUGCUUCAGAAGGGGAGAAGCGUUAGCGCUGCUGACCUGAGCGAGGCCGAGCCAACCCUCACCCACAUGAGCAUCGCCCGCUUACACGAGCAAAAGCUGGUGCAGCACGUGGUGUCUCAGAACUGUGACGGGCUCCACCUGCGGAGCGGGCUGCCGCGCACGGCCAUCUCGGAGCUCCACGGGAACAUGUACAUUGAAGUCUGCACGGCCUGCACGCCCAACAGGGAGUACGUGAGGGUGUUCGAUGUGACGGAGCGCACCGCGCUGCACCGGCACCAGACGGGCCGGGCGUGCCACAAGUGCGGGGCCCAGCUCCGGGACACCAUCGUGCACUUUGGGGAGCGGGGCACGCUGGGGCAGCCUCUGAACUGGGAGGCCGCCACAGAGGCUGCCAGCAAGGCAGACACCAUCCUGUGUUUGGGUUCCAGCUUAAAGGUUCUAAAGAAGUAUCCACGCCUCUGGUGCAUGACCAAGCCCCCCAGCCGGAGGCCCAAACUCUACAUUGUAAACUUGCAGUGGACCCCGAAGGAUGACUGGGCAGCCCUGAAGCUUCAUGGGAAGUGUGAUGAUGUCAUGCAGCUCCUCAUGGAUGAGCUGGGCCUAGAGAUUCCUCCCUACAGCAGGUGGCAAGACCCCAUCUUCGCCCUGGCGACCCCCUUGCGUUCGGGUGAAGAAGGCAGCCACAGUCGGAAGUCGCUGUGCAGGAGCCGCGAGGAGCCCCCGCCUGGAGAGCGCGCUGCGCCCCCGAGCUCAGCCCCGGUGCUGGGAGGCUGGUUUGGCAGGGGCUGCACUAAACGCACAAAAAGGAAGAAAGUAACGUAACCCGGCGCUCAACGGGAACAGCUGGCACUUUGCAGACGACGGAACGCCUGUUGGGGCGGCCAGGACUGUCCCGGGGUCUAGCGAGAAUCCACUGGCAGGAAGCCCCCUGGCACCGCCACGGGCGCCUCAGGGAGGACGCUUAGCUGUGUGGCCCCUGCAGAAGGUGGCGACGCCGCCGUCCAGUGGGAACGGAGCUCGGGUCGCUGCGCAGCCGGCCCAAGGAAGGGAAGCACGAGGCUGCCUUCCCUCGCCCACCAGGCUAGUCUCAGGGGCUUCGGCCGCCUUUCUACUACUACUUACUGAAACCUGUUAACUUCAUAGGGACCUCUUCCCGUCUGGGGUUUGCGGCAGAGGGUGGGCCUGGGCCUCGGCUCUCAGCAGACCUCCUUAUCGUUAUUAAACAUCUCCGCACUGCC